UUUUAAUAAUUCCUCGAUUAAUAUUGAUAAGCGUGGACGAAUAAUUUUCCGAACUUUGUAUCUGUCAUUUUAAUUGACAUUCUGACAGGUUUUCAACAUUUAUGCGGGCGUAGAUAAUUACCAUCACAUGUUCACACCACUCACACCACUUUCAUGAAUAAAAACGGUUUUUAAAAUAGAACUAUUACGGAAAGAUUCAAUGAUUCAUAUAUAUUAUUAAUUAAUGAACUUCUUUGAUAAAAUUUUUCAAACUAAUGACGAAUGAUAAUUAUUAAAUUUAAAAUUUGAUCAAUAUAAAUGAUCAUCCCCUUUAUUAAUUUAUCAUAUCACUCUUUCUUUCUCUUUCUCUCUCAUUAAAAAAAAUGCCACCAAAACAUCAAAUUUACAUUGAUAGAGCAGAAUUUGUUCGAUCAUUAUUUAAUGAUUCAACAACUGCAAAUAUUCUUUUAAGAGUUGAUAAUUUUCAUAUUUACGCUCAUACAUCUAUUUUAUAUUGUGUUUCUGGUUUUUUUAAAAAAAUUUUCAAAUUAUUUGCUCGUAAAAUCAAAGAAGAUGGAAAUAAUUUUUUAUUUCAUGAUUAUAGUUGUAAUAGGGAAAUAGCUAUAAACAAAUUAUAUGAAUAUAAAGGACAAGAAAAAGUUGAAUUACUUUAUGAUAUUAUUGAUUUUCAAAAUUUUAUUGCUUUUUUGUAUGGUUAUCCAGUUGAAACAAGAGAUCAAGAUCAAUUGUUUGUGCUAGCAUACUUGGGAUCCAGUCAUAAAUUUGACGUUCCAGAGUUGGUGAAUUUUUGUGAUAAUGUUUUAUAUGAAGUGUGGAAUAAACAACAAUGGCAUGUUAUUUUGAGAGUUUCUAAAUGGUUAGGCUUGAAAAAAUUACGUUGUCAAGUAUUACGAUAUGUUUACAAUCAAGGUGAACUAAUGUUUCAAAGACAUGCAAAGAAAGAUUUGGAUGAGAAAGAUUGGCAAAUCAUGUUUGUACUUACUAGUGGAAAGGAUCCUCUUUUGAAUAUUGAUAAUAUUCUUAAUGGAACAUAUAAUGAAGAAUUCACCGAAGAUAAUAUUUCUAAGAAUAUUAAUAAUAAUGCGGAUAUUAAUAAUGCGGAUAUUAAUAAUGAGGAUAUUAAUAACGAUAUGAAUGAUUCUAAUGAUGAUGAUAUGAUGUUGAUUGAUGAUGAAAAUUAUAAUGAUUAUGAUCAAUCAAUGGAAAUUGCCAUAGCUGAUUAUGAAAAAUUAUAUAAACCACCAACAAAUGAUAAACGUAAUAAACAUGUUCAUUGGGGACCGGAAACUUUCUUGAUUACUGACGACAUUUAAAAAAUAUGUUAAUUUGAUUCUAGUUGAUUUUUUGCUAAAAAUAAAUAAUGUAAAAUAUUAUGAGUUUUUUUGCGUAUAUAUCGCAAUUAAUAGAUAGUUAUGCAUUAUUUAGAACUAAUUUACCUUUUGCACGUUCAUACGUGUUUGUAAACAAAUAAUAAUUAAAAAUAUUGUAAAUAAAGAAAAGCGGAAUAAAAUUAUAAUGAAAUAUUUAUUUAA